AUAACAUCAAGAUUCCCAAUUAUGCUAAAAGCCCUGCAAUGCAUAAGAACCAAGUGAAUAAACCGAGGUUUUUCUAGUUGUCUUGUAAAUUUCACAACCAGCUGUUCAUGCUAUUUCAACCUCAGCCAAUUCCUAUAAACCUCUCAUGUUCAAGACUUUGUUCUACAUCUGCCCAAAAUUCCACAAGAAACACACAUUUUUUUAUCUCUAUAUCUUUCCAUUAGAAGUUUUAGAGGGAAUUCGCUAUUUCAGGUGAGUUAUGGCAGAGCUGAGUCCUCAGGUUCAAGAAAGGCGGAAAGAAGGGCUGGAGGACGACACGCCUACGCCUACACUCGAUGUCCACAGUGUGUCAAUGAAAAUUCAGAGGGCCCGAGAGGUCUACAAAGCAUAUGGCGAGGAUGAAGAUAAGCCCACAAAGGGUGAAGUUAUGGUCUGGUACUUGUAUGGACUGUGCUCAUACUUUGUGCACACUGUCCUGAUUCCUAUUGUCUUCCCACUCAUUAUCAGCCAAACAGUCGGUGAUCCACCGGUGCCUCGGCAAGGUUGGUUGAGGAGCCAUAAGGAUUUGCAGUGCAAGGAGAACGAAAUGCGACUAUAUGAAGGACUGGUGCACAGGGCAAUCAAACUUGGUGCCAACAAUUUGUCCCCCUUAGAAUGGACUUCAAUUUCUUGGAUAACAGGACUGAUUCUUUCAGCACCUAUACUUGGUAUCGUUUCGGUCCUGCUUGACUACAGCCACUAUCAGCAACUUAUUGCUGGUGCAGCCACAGGCAUAGGAGCUCUCUUCUGCCUCCCCGCUGGGUUUUUUAGGAAAUCCUGGAUCUUCCCGCCGUACAUCGCCGCCAUUGUGGCAGCAAACACCAUUGUUGGAGCAGCCCACGCCCGCCACCUUGGGCUAAUGAUCCGUGGAUUCACAGGCUCCACAAUCCCCAAACGCCAGUUCCCAAAUAGAAGAUCGUUUGCAAGCUGGCUGUCCCUGUACUCAACCGCAGCCGGCUGCUUGGGAGCUGCCAUCAUGGCUUCCUUCACAUACCAUAUGCUCAGGCACUCGGACCAUUUUAAUGCUUUAUGGGUUGUUUCCAUAUUCAGUGGCCUGAAAUGGGGUCUAGGAAUGAUUCACAUUUUCAGCACAAAUAGAGCUACUGCAAGUUUUACUGAUUCAGAGUCAAAUCCUGCUCCCAUAACCCAUAUCGUAUCGAUUUUCAGAUAUCCCCAUGCAGCAGGAAGUCUUGCUGGGGUCUUUCUUUCAUCUUUCACAUCGAUGUGCAUUUUUGGAGCAGGAUUGCUUUAUGCGAUAGGAUAUCUUUGCAUAAAAGCAAAGCAUAUUUUGUUUCUAUGGCUGAUAUAUUUCUUGGUCCCUUUGGUUUCUCUUCCGCUGGCGCACCCACUGCAGCAAACCAUGAAGUCAGAUGCUGAGAAAAUGCAGCUUCUUGGCUUCAUACUGUCAUCUUUAACAUCUGGCUUCGGAUUCUAUUAUCAAGGAAGCACUUGGGGAAUUGGCCAUCUGCUUCUCUUUGCAGCUAUACAAGGCACUUCAACAGGUUUACUGCAUGCAUUCGGGAGGGUUCUAUGGCUGGAUUGUUCUCCGGCAGGGAAAGAAGGCGCAUUUUCUGUGUGGUUUUCGUGGGCGCGAGCACUGGGAGCAUGUGCAGGAUUUGCUCUGGCAACAGCCAUGCCUGGAGAUGUUGGCAAGGCCUUUGGAGUUUCUUUUUGUGCCGGACUUGUUGGGAUGAUUGUUUUAAUCUUUGGAAAUAUCAGCAGCUUUAGAGGGGCCAAAGCAGCUGGUCAUGUAAUCAAAAGUGAGAACAAUUCCCCUGUUCAUGGAUGGGAUGAUGAUCAUGUGAAGGGAUCAGUUACCACAGAAGUUGUACCUCAAGGGAAGGUUGAUGUUUAAGAACUUCAAUUGUUUUUCCCUUGUUUUGUUUUGGGCUUUUCCCUUGAUGUUCUUAAUAAGUCCCAUUAAUCUGAUAAUUCUUUUAUAACAACUGGGCAGCACCACAUUUAUUUU